CCUUGAAGAGCAAAGAUCAAACGCGAUGGCACCGACGACGGAAACCUGCAAGUACACGUACAAGCCGUGCGGCCACCCGCGCUCGACCAAGCGCAACGGCACGCUCCACCUCCUCUGCGAGUUCCACCGCACCAAGGCCAACUCGAUUCAGCGGGCGUAUGCUGCCAAGAAGCGACAGCGCCAAGCAGGAAAUGAGGUGCCGCCGCCCGUCGCCGACGCCAUGGAGCUCAGCUUGCCCAUGCCCGACAUGGCCUUCAUUGACCAGCUCAUCAGUGACGUGAGCGACCUCAGCGACACGACCUCUCACUCGUCUUGGAAUGACGACGAGCUCGUGUGCGAGUUUCUUUGA